AUGGCUUCAUCAUCCCGUUCAUCAGGGAAACGCCUCCCAAUCAGUUGUCAGGCAUGUCGCACACGAAAGAUCCGCUGUUCAAGAGAUGGUCGACCCUGCCAGACCUGUGUACGGCGUGGCCUCGGUGCCGAAGAUUGCAUCUACCUGGGUCAGCCUCGACUCUCAUCAGAACAGUCUGCUCCAGCGGACCCAACAGUCCAAAAGGAAUUACUCGCACGUAUCCGCAAUCUUGAGGGCCUUCUUCAAAAACAGGUCAACUCACAGGCGGGAACUCCAGCGGGUGCGGCGUCUCCAUUAGGUGCCACCAGUGCUACGGGCAGCUUCUCUGAGUCUGAGUUGGGCGCGUCCCUGGAGGCGUGGGGGAGCCCAUUGCUGGGUAAUGUUGGUACUCUACACACAUCGCCCUCGGGCCAUGUGCGGUACGUCCCACUUGCCUCACAAUGGGAGUCUGUGGUUGCGAAAAGCCCCGCUGCGGAGUGUUUGCGGAGCUCAGAUGCGGACAUCGCGGAUGAUGAUGAUCUGCAGAUUCCACUUGCACGUAAUGGAAGUAUCUCUAGGGCUGAGCUAUUGGCGCUUCUCCCACCGGGACGAUAUUGUGACACUCUAAAAGAAGUGUACUUUCGAGUAUUCUCUCCUGUCUUCCACAUUCUGCACGACUUGACUUUUGAGGCCGAAUAUCAGCAAUUCUGUCAUGAUCCAGGCAGUGUCUCAACAGCCUGGUUGGCCCUACUCUUCGCUAUCCUUGCUAUUGCAGUUAGCGCUCUGAACGAUGAUGAUCCUCUUCUUGCUGAUCUCGGCCGUGAGCGGACAGUGAGCCGCAAUAUCAAAGUGCUCUCGGCACGUUACCGAUCUGCAGCGCUUCGCUGCCUGGCUGCGGACGGUGUCAUGACCCGGCACUCAAUCAACUCGCUCCAAGCUCUCGUUCUCAUCAGCUAUGCUCGGCUACACCGGGGUCUCCCCUUCUGGACCCUGCUUGGCUUUACGCAUCACGUUGCAAUCUCGAUGGGCUGCCACUUGGAUCCUGAACGGUUCAGCCUAGGCCCCAUCGAGCGCGAAGAGCGUCGUCGUGUCUGGGCCGGUCUCAUGAUGCUCUAUACCAUCCAGAACACCUCAUUUGGUAGUCUCGACCAGACACCGCACGCACAGGAUGUAAAACCACCUGCUGACGUUGAUGAUGUCGAUCUCCUAACUGCUCCAAGCCUCUCUCUUACCUCCGACCCAUCCUCCCCAAUCAUCACUCGCCCAACACAAAUGACCUUCCUCCUCCUCACAUCUCGCCUAUACAAGGUUUCCAAUCGCAUCUGCGAAUCUAUCUUCACAUACCCGCAGUCCCGCUUCUCAACCUCCCAGCUAGAAUCAGAAGUCCUAGCAAUCCGCGAGCUCUGCGAUGCGAGGUAUAACCUCGACACAUCCCGUGAUCCACUGCCGGUACACCACCAGGCAAACCUGAAUAUCCUCUACGCUCACAUCCACCAAUUACUCCUCCUACUACUACGACCCAGUCUUUGCCAAUUCCUGCAAGGCGAGAUCACAUCGGAGACGUGUGAGGCUCGCGGGAAGUGCAUGGCAUCCGCCAAGGCCGCACUAUCUAUCUUCCAGUCUCUCCUCGAGAACCCACAGUUCGCCCCGUAUAGGUGGUAUACCAGUGGUCUGGGUAGCUUCCAUGCCUUCCACGCCGCGGUAGUGUUGGCCGUUGGCCUGAUGAACCCGGAGAAUCAAGCUGAAUUCGACGACACGAAAGAGAUUCUCGGCAAAGCAUUGGAUAUGUUUGCCUCAUUAUCAGUACGAAGUACUUUCUGCAGUAAGGCUAUGCCCGUUGUGCGGCAGAUCAUCGACGUAACAUCAACCCAAUACCAACAAACCCAGCAACACCAAACACCCCUCCAAUCCCAACUCCAAAUACAAGCACAAAUCAACGCCCACACGAUACCGCAACAGCACCAGCAACAACAGCAACAACAAUCAAUGCUCAGUUCUCUGGCACCCAGUCUCUCCUCACUCACCAUGCCGGACAGCUUCAUGCUUUCCCACUCGCAUCCACACUCACAGGCGAAUUCGCCCGUCCCUACUGUCGCGUCCUCGUCUAGUGAUCCCACAAUGCACUCUAGUUUCGGGUCGCAUUUGCAUCCGCAGAAUUGGUUGGGACCGACUUCUGUGCCGUGGGAUACGUUGGGUGCGUCGAUGGGACAGUUCAAGUUUGAGUCUGAUGUUGUCUAA